UCCCUGCCCAGACAGAGCCCCUGCCUUCCCCUGCACAGCUCCUGCCGGUGCAGGGCACCUGCAGCCCCCACUGCGGGCACUGAUCUCUGCCUGGCACGGCUCUGCUGGGGAGGGACCCUCUGCAGGGACCAUUCUUCGGGGCCAGGAACCCUGCAUGGGGACACUCCGGGAGUCCCGGCAGCGCGGAGGACCGGGUACCGCGCACCCUGCCGUCCAUGGGGGCCGGGGACCCUUCACGGGGACCUUCUGAUUCUCCCUGUGGAGCGGAGACCCCAUCCCGGCGGCGGGACUGCCGGCGGGCCCCCGGCGGGGCGGGAGGCGCGGCCGCGGUGCCGCGGUGCCGGGAGCGCCGGUACCGCCCCGUGCCGAGCGCCGCCCCGCAGCGCGGCUCGGGAGAGCGGCGGCGCCGGGGGGGCCGCACUCAUCCCCGUCCCCCCGCCCGGCCCGGCCCGGCCCGCUCGCAGCAGCCGCAUGUCGGGGCCCGGGGCGCAGAGCCGCAGCCGGCGGCUGCCCGCUGACAUGGAGCAGGCCCAGCGGAACCUGGAUGCAGAGCAAAUGCAGCAGCAGCAGCUGAAACUACGGGACCGGCAGAAGUUCUUUGAGGAGGUUUUCCAGCAUGAUGUGGAUUUCUUCUUCCCAAUGUCUCACCUGCAGAUAGAGCACCGGAGACCUCCCUUAGGCAGCAUUUCCUCCAUGGAGGUGAACGUGGACAUGCUGGAGCAGAUGGAUGUGCUGGACCUGUCAGACCAGGACACUGUGGAUGUGUUUCUGGGCUGUGGGACAGAGGAGAGCGGCAUUGCUGGGUCUCUGUCAGGGGCAGAUGCCAGCCAGUGCCCAGAGGAGAUCACCCUGCAAGUGCCCAACACAGCUGAGAGCAAGUCUCGCAUUUCCUCCACAUCCUCUGCCUCCACGGAUUUGAACAGCCUGGACACCAGCGAGGAGGGGGCCGAGACCCCCGUGGUGCAGUCGGAUGAGGAGGACCUGCAGGAGGACAGUCCCAAAGAGCAGGGGGUGAAGAGCUAGCAGCCAGCUUUGCCCUGCUCCCAGCCUCCUUCGUAUGGACUUGCCAGCCCAGAAGGAAAGCUGCUGGUGCUCAGUAAAAGCCCUCCUGGACUGCUGCCCUGCCAGAGGGGAGAGAUGGUUUUCCCCUCCUCUCCCUCCACGUGUUCUCCUGGCAGCCAAAGGAGAAGGAAAGGGGUACCGUAAACUCCCCAGAUUAACUCUUCAGGCUUUGCUGCUAACACUCCCUGCUUCAUCACCCCCCUUCCCACACAUGUUCAGCAUCCCACAGCCCCACCAUUCCCUGAAAGCCAUCCCUUAGGAUCCCAACUCCCCCUGCCCUACUGACAAAGGUUCUGUUCAGACAAGCACUUAACAAUGGCACAGAGAGAAAUAACACUGAUCUAACCAA